AUGGCGACGCAAUACGAAGAUUCACACGAACCCCUCCUCGUCCUCGACGCCGCACAACAACCCCCACGCGACCCCGACCCCCGUCGACGCCGCCUCCCUCUUCACCCUCCUGCAGCAGCAGUUCCAGACCCUGCAUGCGACCGCCCCCUCGACCGCCAACGCCUCCCUUCCUCGAGUCCCUCGUCGAAGCCCUCUCCGCCGACAUUGACCAGCCCCCCCGUCGAGAUUCCCGGCGUCGGCCAGUCCUACCUCGACGCCCUCGACCGCGUCGACCGCAAGACGCUCGGCCAGGAGGAGCAGUGCCCCAUCUGCGCCGAGCGCUUCCUCGACGACCAGUACUGUCUCGUUGUCGAGCUGCCGUGCCACCACAGCCACAGGUUCGACCUCGAGUGCGUCGGUCCCUGGCUCAUGGGCAAGGGGAGCUGUCCCAUGUGUCGCAAGGACCUGACGAAGAAGAAGGAAGUGCCGAUUGUGCAGGACGAUGAGGAGGAUGACGAUCCCGACGGGCUGUAUGCGUGA